AUGCACAUUUUUGCUUCCUCCUCCGCCUUCUGCUGCGCCCUGUCCGCCUUGAUUUUCGCCUCCAAACAGCUGUGCGAUUGCAUCACCCGCGUCAAGCCAAUCGAUGAGGCGCGUGGAGCAUUUAAAAUUCUGCCAAAGAUGUAUGACAAGGAGGCGUUGCAACGGCCACCUGCCCCGGGCACUUGCUGUGGACGGAUCGAGUCUACAAAAGGAGCUGUUCAGACUCGUGAAUACAUCUACAACCUGUUGGCUCAACAGACGAGCGUGGUGAACCCUCAGAAACGGCUGCCCAGGAUACGACCUCGUCGAACUUCACCACCACCGCUUCCGGAUGCGGUGCCAAAGGCGCCUUAUAAGACCAUGGGUCCACCCCCGCAUCCGCAUCUGGAGGUGAAUGAGCUGCCACAGAAGAUACCCUUCAAACCGAAGCACUGGAGAACGCCCUUCAUGGACAGAGGUUGCGUAAAGGAGAAGGUGCGACUGGAUAAGAUCGCCUUUGAGAAAUUGAAGCUAGAGAAACCAGCCGGACGAAUUAAAGAUGCUUGUUGUGCUGGAGUGAGGCCACCAAUUCCACCCAAUCAGGGUGGAGAACCCAUAGCAUGUCGUGAGCUGCCCCAUCGAACCAACUGGAUCGAGAGGAAUGCAAUAAGGGCAAUUACGAGUAAACCGGGUUAUAGAAUACCAAACGCCGAUCGGAGGAUGAUUGUGGACACCAGGAGGGGAGACAAACAGGCUCUGGUAUCGAGCAAGACACACUCAGGGUUGGAGAAAUUGUACGUCUAUAAGCCGACUUUUGGGAGGGUUCCAAGGUACCUCAGACAACGCGCCGAGGCUAUAGCAAAAACUCGAGAGGCCUACUCGCACUACUUGAACGAGAAGGACUUACAGCGGACAGAUUAUAUGUUGACAGAGAAAGAGCGUGGAGAGCUGUUGAGCGGGCUGAAGACGGCGUGGGACAAGUACAAUGCCAAGUACCUGGGUUUGUCAGCGAGUAGAAGCGGUGCCAAGCAGAAGUCCUAUGGCGACUACCUGGAGAAGCAGUUGGCAAGUCUGGAACGAGACAUUGAAAUGAUUGAGAGCCAUCCCUACAUCUUUGUGGACGCGGAUAAGACACCUGGAGUGGGAGGAUCUGUGACCAAUGAUAUUCAGGUUUAG